UUAGACCUUGGCCAUUGGAGAAAAAACAUGCUUGCACCGCCGGUCACUGGAGCGCCAUGGGCGCCCAACAUGCCGCUGCCUGGCAGCUCAAAAGAAAACAGCCGGGAGUUCCGGCGGAGCCGGAGGCAUCGAACGGCUCUUUGUUUGCUCGGCGGCGCGGUCGCAAGCCACAGGCUUUGUAGCCAAAGAGCUGCAGUGAGGACCAGACGACGAAUCCGAGAACUCGCAGCAGUGCGGACGGAUGAGGCGACGUCGCGCUUCGUCACGUGGAUGGACUCCUCGUCGAUCAAGCGGUCUGCCAAGCUGGAGAUUCUGCCCGACAAAGAAGGAAGAUGUGUGGUUUGCACACAGAGAUUUGACAGAGGUGAGCUCUUGGUUCAACUGCCAGCAGCAGCUGCCAUCUCGGUGGAGAUGUCACCGGAGGCACCGUUAACGCCGGAGCUGAAGGCUUUGGAGCCGUGGUGGAGAAAGCAUCCACGCAGCUCCAUCCGCCUCGCCGCCAAGCUCGUCUUCCAACGCGAGCAGUUCGGGCCUUAUAUCGACAUGCUGUAUCCCUUGGAGCAGAUCUAUGCGCCUUGGCGCUGGAAGGAGCAAGACCUGCAGUUCUUACCACAGAGUUUGGUCUUAAAGGCCCAGGCUCGAAAAGAGGCCUUGGAGGCAGCAUACCAAGACCUGGAACAGGAGGGGCUCUCAGAUGCGAUACCUGAAGAUCUCUUUCUUCGUGCACACCAUGCUGUAGCCUCCCGUGCCUUUGCGGGUGAGGGCGAAGUUCCAAGCAGUAGGGCUGCUGCUUUGGCGGUCGGAGGCCUCUCCAUUUUCGCCGCUGGAUCGGCCGCUGCGCUUGGAGUCACCAGCGUUGAUUUCGCGGCAAUGGCGGGAGCCGCUCUCAUGGCUGCUUCCGGGGCAGUGGUGGUGACGAGCCAGAGCCCUCAGGUUUUAUCUCUUCUUCCAAUGAUCGACCAGGUGAACCAUCGCAGUGGCGCUCCCCCCGACUUGCAGUUUGAUCCGACCAACGGCCUGUGGCAGCUCCGGGCGACCAGAGCGUACGAGCCUGGGGAAGAGAUCGUGUUUAGCUAUGGUGACAAGGACAGUGAUGCCCUGUUACUUCAGCAUGGUUUUGUGGAAGAGGACAAUGGUGCUGACCAGCUGCGGCUGAUGGUCCCGGAGGCUGGCAGCUUUGGCCUCUCAGCUGAGGUGAAGUCUGAGCUGGCUGAAGCGGGGAUCGAGGAGCUAUGCUUCGAUGGAUCUUUGGAGAAGCUUCCAGUGUCGAAGCGCAGCUUGACGGAGGUGGUCGAAGCUACCCUGCGAUGUGCUGCGGGUGACUGCCGAAGGUCCGAGGAUGCCAAGGUUGCACAAGAAGUGUCAUCUCCUGGCAUUGGGCGAGUGCUGCUAUGCUGGCGUGGGGAGCGACGCAAGCUUCUCAAAGCAGCCGCCACACAGUGGCAGGCCGGGGUGGAAGUGACAAAGCAUCCGAACGUGGGUGAACGUCUGUAGGUAGGUGAGUCCUGGUUGCAAGACCGAUUUAAGGCCUUGCAUAGUUCAAAUUCACAUACAUGCACAUUACUUCAGGCAGACAGAAGUUUGUACAGCGUGUGCGGGACGUUCAACUAAUGACUUUCACCUUCUAAAUCCACAACAAAGGUUGACGGGUCGGAAAGCUGCC